AUGAGUAAUGAGCAGCAUGUGCUUACACAGCGCUGUGGACUAAUCCUGCCCCCCACUACCCGUCCCCACGGUCUCCCCUUUAGAGGAGCUCCCACCAGGGAGGACCCACAGACACACACAGCUCUGGCCAAGAGGGAGGACAGGACAGAGGAACUGACAGUGUUAACUAACUUCCACUGUCCAGCAGAUCACACCACUGUUACAGAGACCAAGAGACUAUCCAGGACCUGAGAGAGACUGAGAGAUUCUCGUAUCUCCGUCACCAAGGGACAGAGGAAGGAGAGACUGAGAGAUCAUCGUAUCUCCAUCACCAAGGGACAGAAGAAGGAGAGACUGAGAGAUCAUCGUAUCUCCAUCACCAAGGGACAGAAGAAGGAGAGACUGAGAGAUCAUCGUAUCUCCAUCACCAAGGGACAGAAGAAGGAGAGACUGAGAGAUCAUCGUAUCUCCGUCACCAAGGGACAGAAGAAGGAGAGACUGAGAGAUCAUCGUAUCUCCAUCACCAAGGGACAGAGGAAGGAGAGACUGAGAGAUCAUCGUAUCUCCAUCACCAAGGGACAGAGGAAGGAGAGACUGAGAGAUCAUCGUAUCUCCAUCACCAAGGGACAGAAGAAGGAGAGACUGAGAGAUCAUCGUAUCUCCAUCACCAAGGGACAGAGGAAGGAGAGACUGAGAGAUCAUCGUAUCUCCAUCACCAAGGGACAGAAGAAGGAGAGACUGAGAGAUCAUCGUAUCUCCAUCACCAAGGGACAGAAGAAGGAGAGACUGAGAGAUCAUCGUAUCUCCAUCACCAAGGGACAGAGGAAGGAGAGACUGAGAGAUCAUCGUAUCUCCAUCACCAAGGGACUGAGGAAGGAGAGACAACGUGGAUACAGGACAUCCAGUGACUGGGUGACCAUAGGGGGGAGUGGAUCUGGACUAAAGAGGAACCGAACUGACCAGCCAUCUGCCAGUCAGAGCUACCCAUCCAUCAGGACAUUUCUGCACUCCAAUAGAUUGGCAGUGACACUUCGACUAACUUUUCCUGCAUCGUCGCUGAUUGCCACACAGCAGCUAGGCUCGUCAUUGCGUUGGGAAACGAUUUCAGAACUUCUAAGCCGUUUACAGUAACCUCUGGGUGUGGGGGGAAAGCGACCGGUCCACAAGACAUCGUUAGGACAUAUUGACAAACCAUGAUGGAGGAUCACCUGUCUAAGAUCCAUCCCUCCUCCUCUCCAAGCGAAUCUUCAGGGAGCAGUGGCACCGACUGUGACAGCAGAGGAGGUAAAUGUUUGGCUGAUAUGGACUUCACAUUAUUUCUAAAAGCUGGUGCUCGGGCCAAAAGCUCGGUGAAUAAAGGAAAUAAAAGCUGCUCAUGUUAAAUGCUGCUCCAGAGUGCUUUAUUCUUGCAACACAACCAACGAAGUUCAGACCGCAAUACACAUAGUUUAUUAUUGAUUGUGUUCCAUAGUGAAGCACUUGGGAUCAGCAUUUACCAUGUGUGGGCGCUUUUCUUCUUUACUGGCAGAGCAGGUGAGACCUCAGUGCUGCGCUCUCCCGUUAGAAACAACAGGCUGCUGUCCAGAUCGCUGGCACCAUGAUGAGCCUGACGGAAUUGUUACUGAUAACAGUUAACGUAUAGAUAUUAUGCAGAUAACAAGCUUAGUCUGUGUGUGGCUCCAAAUUUCAAAUACUUUAAAGUAAAAUGUCUGCUUUCUAUCAGCGCUGACGUUUCAAAUUGAAUGCAUUGAAAUGUAUUUUAUUUCAUUGAUACAAAUAUUAAUUUUCAAUGAGUAGAAAAUACUAUUUUUGGAAUAACAAAUAAUUGAGAAUUAUAUUCUUUAUGUUGGAGAGAAAAAAGUGAUGUUGCUUAAUUAAAAUGUUCAAUUAUUUGAUAGUUGGAUCAACUAUGCUGUCUCUAACUACCCCACCUCUCUCUCUCUCUGUUGUCUCCCAGCAAAGAGUCCAGCCCCGGGUAAAGCCCUGAGUCCAGCGCUGCUCUGUAAGGUCUGUGGAGACACCAGCAGUGGAAAACACUACGGCAUCUACGCCUGCAACGGCUGCAGCGGAUUCUUCAAACGCAGCGUCCGACGGAGACUCAUAUACAGGUGAGUCGCCGUGGUAACAGACACUGUAGCCUAGUGUACAGUCAAACUACCCACUGAUAGAUAGGCUAACUGUGUCAUCACAACUUUACAUACAAAUAAAUAAACAUAAUUUGUGAUUUUAAUACAUUUAAGUUGAUCCCGACUUCUUAGUUGACGUUUAAAUCUCUAGAAUAAUGUAUUAUUUCACAUACUGUGAAACUCUGCUAAAGAUAUGUUUUCCUCUGCUCAUCCCAACAGGUGUCAGGCUGGUACGGGCAUGUGCCCAGUGGAUAAGGCCCAUCGGAACCAGUGCCAAGCCUGUCGGCUGAAGAAGUGCCUACAGGCAGGCAUGAACAAAGAUGGUGAGUCGGUGAAAUUCAUUUAUUUGGAGUCAAAGAUAAUAAUCUGUUUUUCAGUAUGAAUAGAUCUGAAAUGGUGUAUAAUUCUGGUUAGAGUUGGGAUAUGUUUGUUGAGCAGUCUGUCUCCUUGGACGGUGAAGUGUAAAGGUGUGUCUUAACUCCCCCCCCCCAGCUGUCCAGAACGAGCGUCAGCCCCGCAGCACGUCUCAGGUGCAUCUGGACUCCAUCGACGUGGACACAGACAAGGAGCACCUGGCCACCACACGGGAUCCCACUUCCUCUUCCUCCUCUUCCUCCUCCUGCUCAGUGAUCACCCGGCCCCACAUCACCUCCACCUCCAUCAGCUCCUCCUCUGCCCCCCCACAGCGCUGUGGCUCCUCCCCCAGCCCUCAGAACAACCACCGCUUCAUGGUCAGCCUCAUGACCGCUGAGACCUGCGCUAAACUGGAGCCUGAGGAUGGUGAGGAGGCUUUUAUUAUGGCUUUGUUGGCUGCUUUUCCUCCCUUUCUUUCUUUCUUUCUUUCUUUCUUUCUUUCUUUCUUUCUUUCUUUCUUUCUUUCUUUCUUUCUUUCUUUCUACUUCUUCAUCUUUCUUUCUCACGUAUUUACAGUUUCUCUCACAGUUUCCAUAAUGUCCAGGUUUUUAUCUUUGUAUUUAAAUCAUUCCACUUCUUUCACAGUUGAUGAGAACAUUGAUGUGACCAGUAACGAGCCAGAGAGGGCGUCCUCAGACUACCACAUGUCCCUGUACCCGUCCAGUACAGAGAACGUGUACGAGACUUCAGCCAGGCUUCUCUUUAUGUCUGUUAAAUGGGCCAAGAACCUUCCGGUGUUCUCCAAUCUCCCCUUCAGAGACCAGGUAAGACAGGACACUAUGAUUGUACAUGAAGACUUCAGUUAAAGGGUUUACUUACAGUAUAAACUGCUUAUAAAACAUAUCACUAGAUCGUUUGGUAAUUGAUAGUUUGUCAAUAUGAACACUGUCGUAUAGCUCAAACAGGUAAACAAGCGAUGUUUUUUUUAUGGUGCAAGGAAUAGUUUGAUACAACUUCCACCUGUUUUGAGACACUGUUUUGAGACACUUUGAGACACAGUUUGUGAUGUCAUGUUUAUGACCUGUCACCAGUGACCUCUAACCUUGUGUGACCCCCCCCCCCACUGAUCUGACUUCCUUUGUCCCCCUCCAGGUGAUCCUGCUGGAGGAGGCGUGGUCUGAACUCUUCCUGCUGUGUGCCAUCCAGUGGUCUCUCCCCCUGGACAGCUGUCCUCUGCUGUCCCUCCCUGACGUGUCCCCCCACCACCACGCAGAGUAAGACAUCCUACAGCAGCCUGGACCUGCGUCUGCUCCAGGAGGUCUUCAGUAGGUUCAAAGCCCUGGCCGUAGACCCCACUGAGUUCGCCUGCCUCAAGGCCAUCGUUCUCUUUAAACCAGGUGGGUGUCUGGGGCGUCAGGGGGAUGUUGGUUUGGGAUUUUUUGUUGCGGUGGGGUAAUUUCUUUGCAAUAAGAAGGGCCAGAUAUAAUCUGUGGUGAUGUUUUUGGGAACAGAGCUGAAUGUAAUGCAAUACAUAUUUCUGUUUGAUCUGGAUUAGAUUUACUGCCAGAGGUCUUUCUAUUUCUGGGGGUAUAAAUUCUACUGGCCAUGUGGAUAAUAAGACAUGAGACUGUUUGACUGACUUUUACUCUUUGUUGUCACAGAGACCCGAGGUCUGAAGGACCCAGAGCAGGUAGAGAACCUACAGGAUCAGUCCCAGGUGAUGUUGGGACAACACAUCAGAUCACAUUACUCCAGUCAGCCUGCCAGGUAGGAUUCACUACGACCUCCCUGCACAACCAUACUGACCUCCCUGCACAACCUCACUGACCUCCCUGCACAAUCAUACUGACCUCCCUGCACAACCUCACUGACCUCCCUGCACAACCUCACAGACCUCCCUGCGCUCAGACUCUUCCUUUAUGCCCUUUUAUCCACAUGGAUCUGGAUUCCAAUGUAUGUAUAGCUAGCUACUAACCUGAAGAAUGAGAGUAUGUUCAAUUGGCUGGUGAAAUCAAAUGUCACUUUUAGGAAUCUGUAAAUGACUUGAUCUUGAUAUUAUCUUGACAGCUUUUAACAGAAUUGGAAUCAGUUUCAUUUUCUAUUUUUUUAGACAGUUCAGGACUUUGACGGAAUCUCUUUGCUGUAAAUUCAAAGUGUAUAACUCACCACCCUUCGCUGUCUCUCUCUCUCUCGGUGUAGAUUUGGGAAGCUCCUCCUGCUGUUGCCCUCUCUGCGUUUCGUCAGCUCCGAGCGGAUCGAGCUCCUCUUCUUCCACAGGACCAUCGGCAACACCCCUAUGGAGAAACUGCUGUGUGACAUGUUCAAGAACUAA